UUUUCUUCGAACUUUUUCUGUCAGAAAAAAAGGAAAACGGGCCGACCCUCCCUGUCAUAAACUGUCUAUUUCCUUAUUUUUGCUCAUUAACGUGUGCGCUGGAAAUGUGUCAGCUGCCGGCCCGCAGGCGACAACUCAAGCGUUUUUGGUGAGAAAGGGCGACGUCGAGUGAUUCUGGGCUAGUCAGCAGCCACAUAACGGAGCUCAGUCUUUAUCAUGGAAGAUGGUGCAAAAGAGGACCCAGCCCACCAGAAAGAGCCUAAGUUCCUGAGUAAGGCUGGCUGGUUGAAGAAGGGCUAUGGCAGACUGCUGGCAAGCUAUAAAGACCGCUACAUCCAGGUGGAGAAGACAGAGAUUGUGGUGUAUGAAAAUGAGGACCUACAGAACUGCUUGGAGAGGCUUGACCUGGAAAACUAUGACAAAUGUCAUGAAUUAAAGAGCCCCUUCACGAAGAAGCAAAGACUUAUACUCAUACGAUCGGCAAAGUCCACAAAUAAGGUCCAUGAUGUUAAAUUCCAGGCUCAGACAGUGGAGGACAAGGAGGCUUGGAUUAAAGCCCUCAGUGAUGGCAUUAAUCGAGCAAAGAAUAAAAUUUUUGAUGAGGUGAAGAUUGAUCAAAGCAGCAACUUAGAGCAUGUUACUCGAACAAGACCCAAAGGGAACCGCAACCGGCGUCCACCGACCAGGAUACACAUGAAAGAGGUAGCUGAUGUGUCAUCUGAUGGAGUCCUGCGCUUGGAUCUUGAUCUUGAAGAUGCCAUAAUGCCUAAUGGAGCACAUUAUGCCAAUGUUGAUGGCAGUGAGACCUCCAAAGAGAAACAGUUGGUGUCAAUUACUGAGGAGGAAGCUCAGCCAGAUCCAGACGUCAGUCCCCAAAAAAAGGUCAUCAAACCUCCAAUGCCGCCUAUCAAGGAGGCUAAACCCAGCACAGCACUUGAAGAUGAACCUCAAAAGAAUGAUGGUUCAGAGAAAAAGGUACCAAUGCCCCCAUUGAAAGAAGCAAAACCCUGUGCCUCACCUGUUGAAGAAACUACAGAAGAGGCAAAACAUGAGAAGAUUUCUGAAACGAGUUCUGAUGCCAGUAAAAAGGCAGCUCCACCACCAAUGCCUCCCAAUAAACCCAGCUCUGUGAGUAAUGUUGAUGCUUUACAGUCCAAGCCACACUCUCACCCUCCUAUGCCUCCAUCCAAGGAGAAGAAGCCCUCCCAUUCUGGCUCUGAGACAGACCAGCAGGUUGAAGGGAUUAGUAAUGAGGAUAAUGAGAAGGAAGAUGACAGGAAGGAGACUAUAGAAACAGCCGUGGAAACAGAUGAGGCAGUGCAGCUGAUUGCUAAAGAAACGUCACCUGAUGUGAAAGAUGAUAAACACGAGAGUCAUUGCACAGAGGAAACAGUUAGCAGCAACACAAAGAUGGUAUCUGACUGUGGGGAACAAAUACCCACAGAGUCACUGAGAAAGAGUCCAAGUUCCCAUCCAAAAUUCAAGAAAAAGCCUGAUGAAUGUGCCGAGCCUGACAUACAGCGGACAGAGAGCACCUCGGCUAAGAGUAAUCCUAAAGAGGGACCCGACAAUACUGCCUCAGCCAAUUCUGUCGAUUCAAAAGACGCACUGGCCGAGAGUGAAGUCCCCUCUUUGAAUGACUCAACCACUGAGACCCUUACCCUGAGUCCACUGCUUUAUCACUUGUCCGGGGAGAAAAAAAAGCAAGAUGAGAAAUCUGUAGACAGUGGUCAGCACUCAGAUGAUGAGAGUGAAGGCUCUGAAAGUCAAGACACAUUGGUAGCUGCUACAGCUGCACUCAGGGGAAGUCAUUCUGCUUUGGAUGUGGUGGAUGCUAGUGAGGACAACAUUCAGAUAUCUGUUAUUUUAAGACCAGCACAGGUCACAACAGUGCGUCAGGUUAGCUCUAAGAACAUAAAACCCAUCCCUCCUCUCAAGCCCUCAGCCAAGGCCAGGUCAGCCUCAAUUGGAAAUUUGCUGUCUGAAUCUGAUGUCUGUAGUCAGAUGAAAGACACUAGCAGAGGUGGAGCUGUAAGUGCUGAGGGUUCUAGUGAUGAUGUCAUUAAACUUGAAACUGAAGUGGCUCUAGAGAUGGAAAAGACGAGCAAGCUCUUGAGCAAAGUGUCCCAGGACCAUGGAAGUGAAGAGGAGGAUGUACCGGGGGAUUUGCUGGCUGAGGCCAUGGAGAAGCUGAAGAAGGCAGACCACGUCCUCAGGGAGGUCAAGAAACUGAAAUUUGCAACAAAUGGAAGCAAAAGGAAGAGUUGGUGAACGUCACACACUGACUGAAAUUGACCCACUGAUAAACCCUUUACCUAGACAGUGAUAGUGCAGUCAUAUCAUGGAAAAUGUAAAAAGGCCCCCUCUAAAUACGAUUUGCCUAAAAGUGAAGGGACAGUGGUAUUCUGUAUCAUCAAAGAUGGUCGUUUAUGAUGAGCUUAUUCACUCUGUAUGAUCACUGGUGUGCAGGCCUGACCUGGACACUGUAUUGGAUUCAAUUCAGUUCAAUUUUAUUUACAGUACUGUGCACAAGUUUUAGGCAGGUGAGGAAAAAAUGCUAUAAACAAAGAAUAUUUUCAAAAAUGGAAGUGUUUAUCAUUUAUUUUCAUCAAUCAACAAAAUGCAGUGAAGGAACAAAGGAGAAAUCUAAAUCUAGUCAGUAUUUGGUGUGACCACCCUUUGCCUUCAAAACAGCAUCAAUUCUUCUAGGUACACUUGCACAGAGUUUUUGAAGGAACUCGGCUGGUAGGCUGUUUCAAACAUCUUGGGGGACUAACCACAGAUCUGUGGAUGCAGGUUUCCUCACAUCCUUCUGUCUCUUCAUGUAAUCCCAGACACACUCAAUGAUGUUGAGAUCAGGGCUCUGUGGGGGCCAUAGCAUCACUUCCAGUACUUCUUGUUCUUUACGCAGAAGAUAGUUCUUAAUGACUGUGGCUGUGUGUGUGGGGUCGUUGUCCUGCUGCAGAAUACAUUUGGGGCCAAUAAAUAAUCAUUUAUAUUUCUGAAAGCUUUCUUUAUAGCAGUUUUUCACACCUGCCUAACACUUUUGCACAGUACUGUAUAUAGAAAAUCACAACAACAGUCACCUCAAAGUGCUUUUAAGGUAAAGAUUAGAGAGUUUUUGAGCGUUAUGCUUUUUAAAUGCGCCGUGGUGUACAACAGUGUUAAAGAGGGUUUGAAUGAAUGGCUGGAAUAGUCUGAUGGACAAAACUGUCUUAUUGUUGAUGGUUUUGCUGCACUUGGAACUUUUUGUGGAAUUAUUUCUAAUGGAUGUUUUUCUGCAGCGGAAAGUAAUGUGUUACUGUAUAUUUUUUUUACUACUGUGUUUUCUUUUGUAGAUACAAAAUAAUGGCCCUCAUUUACUAAUAUGUGCGUGGGAACAGUCUUAACCUAUGCAACAAAUGCACUGGCUAAUUUUGUUCUUGCACGUGUUUGAUAAAUGAUUUACUUUUGGUAGUAAAUCAGACUCUAAAUCAACACGCUCAUGCUUGCCGUGUGCAAUAUGCAUAAAACAUACAGCCACUCCUCCAUUUCCCUGUAUAAAUAAAUUAGUUUACCUGGAGGUGAAGUGGAAAAUGCAGUAAUGUCGUGAGAGAGCAGCCUGCACCGCUAAGGGAGAGACACACUCACUGUGACUCAAGUAAAAGUUUGAAACUGAUGUAAAAAGACCCGACAGAGUAUAAGAAAAAGCAGCUGGAAAGUCUGUCGGCUCCACAUGACAAAACUCACUCUAUGAACAAACAAAAAAAUUAGACUGCAAGUGAUAGAAGUCUUUUUUUUUUUUUUAAUGAACGUUAAGAUAAUUUUAGGGAGGAUAAACUAAUAAAAGACAAAAGACAAAAAAAGAUAAAAGAAAUACUGGAAUAUGUUGGAAUUAAAAAUGUUUCAAUUUAGUAUUUUGUUUUCUUUGCAUACAAUUUACUUUUUUUAUGUAAUUGUAACUGAGCAUGUUGUGUUUUUGUAAAACUGUUAAUAUUACAUGAAAACAACAACAACAAUAAUAAUAACAAUAAUAAUAAUGAUAACAAUUCUUAAUACUAUUAAUAGUAGCUUUAGUUGUAGUAGUAGUAUUCAUUUUAUAGAGGUUAAAUGUCCUUCGGCAGCCAUUUUUGUUUGUUUGUACACAUGGUCAGAGGUACUUCUUAAUUUGUUUCUACAGUGCAAACAAAUUCAGGUACGAAAAUAUUGAUAAGUCAUGGAUUUGUGUGUGAACUCUUGCUACGCACAGAUUUGUCUGUGUGCCUUAACACGUUUAAUGUUUCUUAAGGUAAUGUUCUUGCUAUCCAAAGGGAUUUAUGAAAAAAAAACUGGAAGCAUAGCAUCUGGCUUUAGUCAUCUCUUAUUUUGUGAGCUCUUCUAGACGGAUCAAUGUUUCAAAUACAGGAGACCCAAACUCUUUCAUGGCAUGCAUUUGUAAUUUCUCUUUGCUAUUUGGGUUAAUUGGGACCUGAUGAAUGUAAAAACAAAGAAUUACCUGAUUUAUUUAUUUUUUUUACCUGAUUUUUGUUUCUGAGGAAACUGAGAUCUACAUAUGAGGACAUUCGUUUUAAAUUUCGGUAGAACAGUGGGAGUAUGAUGUCCUCGUAAGUGGAUAUCAGCCCCUUGUAGAGCAAAAUUUAGUAUUUUGGUCUAGACAACCCAAAAUGUGAUGUCCACAUAUGUGGACGCCAGGUCCUAAGAGGUUAAAUAUAUAAUAUAUAAAUAUAAGUUAAAUAUAUACAGCUACAAAUAAGCACUUCUGUUAAUGCCUAAAAGCAUUUCUAAUCAUUUGUGAACCUCAGAAGCUUUUUUCUCUCCUUUUCAUUGGGAAGUUUUUGCUGACAAGUUGCUAUUAGAGAAAUUAUACUUUAAUCACCGCCUUUAUGGUGUUUAUCACUGGUGAAGGAAGAUGUACAGUGUAGGUAACAAUCUGUUCAGACUCUUAACAUUGAUAAAGCAAAUAAAGGAAUAUUUUUACUUUACAGGGUUUUUUUUUAUCAUUAGUAAUAUAAUUUCAUUAAUGUACUGUAUAUUGCACAGAAAAGCACUUAGAGCAGCUCUCACUAAUGCCUAUUACUAUUCUCUAAUACUUGUCUUUGUUUUUGUAUGGGGGGUAUGUGCAUCAUUCUCCACUGUCUGAAUGUUGAACUGAUUAUUAAUGAAGAAUCUACCGUGUUUUUCUAGUGGUAGAAAUGUAAUUUUUUGUGCCCUCCAGAAUAUGUAAGCAUAUUUUCAUAACAGUAGAUCGACUGAAGUU